UUUUGAAAACUGUCUGUGGCUUACCAGUCUUCACCUCAACUCUCCAGACCCACUACCCUCUGUACGUCUUCUUUGUCCCAGGUCAUAAAACACAACUAUCAAAAUGGGAGAUGAUGAGAAAAAACACAAGAUGACAUCUUCUCGCAGGAUGCAUCUGAAGAGUCUUCUGCUCUCUCUUGCCAAAACUGCAAUUGAGAAAGAAGAAGCAGACCGGAUAAAGCUGAAGGAGAAGUAUAUGGAAGAACAUUGCGGGGACCUGCAAACUUCUGGACUUUCAGUUGCAGAUUUACAGGAAUUAUGCAAAAAAAUUCAUUCAAAGAUAGAUGUCGUUGAUGAGGAAAGAUAUGACAUGGAAUCCAAAGUUACUAAGAGCACCAAAGAGAUUGAUGACCUGAACGUGAAAGUCUUUGACCUGAAAGGCAAGUUCAAGAGGCCACCACUAAAGAGAGUCCGUAUGUCUGCUGAUGCCAUGCUACGCGCUCUACUGGGCUCCAAACACAAAGUGUCCAUGGACUUAAGAGCUAACCUGAAGCAGGUGAAGAAAGAGGACACUGAGAAGGAGAAGGAUCUACGUGAUGUUGGAGACUGGCGUAAGAAUAUUGAGGAGAAGGCUGGAAUGGAAGGCAGAAAGAAGAUGUUUGAGGGUGCUGAAUAAAAUUUGUCAUCAUGAAACCAAAUAUUGUAUUACAUUUAAUAUUUGUAAUAAAAUAUAUGUAGGUCAA